AUGUGUUUCGGAAGCAGGAAAACAGACGAGGAGGGUGCCAACAAGUCUCGCGAGCUUGACAAGAUCAUUCGCCAAGAUGAGAAGCGAAUGGCGAGGGAAGUCAAGCUGCUUCUGCUGGGUGCCGGUGAAUCGGGGAAGUCAACCGUCCUGAAGCAGAUGAAGUUGAUAUACGCACAAGGAUUCAGCAAGAACGAGAGGCUUGAAUGGAAGCCGGUGGUGUUUAACAAUGUUGUACAGUCGAUGCGUCUCCUGUUUGAUGUCAUGACCGAUCAAGGAAUUCGUUUCCAGAAUCCCGACAACGAGAAGAACCAAGCUCUUGUUCUCGCUGACCAAGAGAUCUCGCCGAACGACAACCUCCCCGACGACUAUCUCGAGCCAAUCAAAUCAUUGUGGGUGGAUUCCGGCGUUCAGCAGGCUGUCAUGAAGGGCAACGAAUACGCGCUGCACGACAACUUGUCAUACUUUUGCGACGAUCUCGACCGAUUAUGGGCCAAGGGCUAUGUGCCAAACGAUCAAGACUUGCUGCGCUCGCGAUUACGGACGACCGGUAUUACUGAGACCAUUUUCGACCUGGGCCAGCUUACAUAUCGGAUGUUCGACGUCGGUGGCCAGCGCUCCGAACGCAAGAAGUGGAUACAUUGCUUUGAGAAUGUUAACUGCCUGCUGUUCCUCGUUGCCAUCAGUGGUUAUGAUCAGUGUUUAGUCGAAGACAAGGACGGUAACCAAAUGAACGAGGCGUUGAUGCUGUGGGAAUCGAUCGCGAAUUCGCACUGGUUUACCAAGUCCGCCUUGAUCCUCUUCCUCAACAAGAUGGAUCUUUUCAAGGAGAAGCUGUCGUCGAGCCCGAUCACGAACCACGGCUUUGUCGACUACCAAGGCCCGCCGGAUGAUUGGAAGCAAGCCAGUAAAUAUUUCAUGGACAAGUUCAGGGCUCUUAACAGGAACCCCGAGAAGGAGAUCUACGGCCACUUCACCAACGCUACCGAUACAAACUUGCUGAAGAUCACCAUGGGCUCGGUGCAGGACAUGAUCAUCCAGCGCAACCUGAAGCAGCUCAUCUUGUGA